AUGGCAGAAACAGAAAAGUAUGACGGUAUUCUACUGAGUUUGGCUCAACAAAUGGAAGAAGGUGUUCCACAAUUACUGGACACUUUAUUCUCCUUCUUGCGUCGCAAAACUGAUUUCUUUACAGGAGGGGGUAAAGAAGCUGCCAGGAAGAUGCUACUUGAAAAGUUUGACCAUCAUGAAAAGUUAAGUUUAAAGACUAGACGACAAGAAGCUGAAGCGCGUGCUAGAAGGAUUGCGAAACAGAAAGAAAAGAAGCAAAAAGAAGAAGAAAAGCAACGACAACAGGAACAAGAACAACCUAAAUUUGUUGAAUUGACGGACGAAGAAGCAAAAGAAGUUCAAGAAAAAAUUGAAAAAGAAAAGAAAGAAGCUCCUAAAGUUGAUCCUCCAGUGAGCGAAUCUACUGCUGAGGAUGAUAGUGAAGAUGAAGAUUCUAAAAACAAGCUCAAGCCUAACAGCGGCAAUGGCGCAGAUCUACCUAAUUAUAAAUGGACACAGACCCUCUCCGAUGUUGAACUUAGAGUUCCCUUCAAAGUCUCUUUUCCUGUCAAAGGAAAAGAUGUUAUUUGCGAGAUUAAACCCAAUCAUUUGAAAAUUGGACUGAAAGGGCACGAACCAAUAAUAGAUGGAGAUCUUCAUAAAACGAUUAAAAUAGAAAACUGCUAUUGGGUAAUUGAAGAUAAGAAAGCUGUAAUGGUUACGAUAGAAAAAGUAAACAAGAUGGAAUGGUGGCCUCGUUUAGUAACAACUGAUCCGGAGAUUAAUACUAAGAAGGUUGAGCCAGAAAACUCCAAGUUAUCAGAUUUAGACGGCGAAACACGAAGUAUGGUAGAAAAAAUGAUGUAUGACCAACGACAGAAGGAGAUGGGCUUACCAACAUCCGAGGAGCAAAAAAAGCAAGAUGUGUUGAAAAAGUUUAUGGCUCAACAUCCAGAAAUGGAUUUUUCAAAGGCAAAGAUCUCGUAA